AUGGGAGUCGUGAAAAAUACAGGUUUUGAUCUGACCUCCGUCAAAAGCUCCAAUUCUGCCAUUUUCCUACGAAUAGAGCAAGGGAAAAUCGAUGAGGUCAAAAUUCUAGCUAAAGAGCCCGAAUCGUGCCUCGGAGUCAACGAAGAAGGUCAAACACCGCUUCAUUUUUCAAUCGAAAAGCAACAACAUGAGAUCUCGUUGUUUCUACUUAGACUUGGACAUGAAGUCAAUACGGUCGACAGAUCCCAGUGGACGCCGUUGAUUUCAGCAUCCAAAUUUGGUAAUGUUGAAGUUGUGAGGGAGUUGCUCAAGAGAGGUGCGAAACAGAAGUCAAAAGAUGAUGACAUUUGCGAAAUGGGCGAAUGGUCUGCUAUAACAUGGGCUGCUUAUCGCGGGCACGGAAGAGUUCUCGAAGCUCUUUUGGAAAACCCAGCUACUCGUGGCGAUCCAAAUUUCAAUGGCCUCGACCAGGGCGCAUCUUACGGCGUGACCCCUCUUCUCUGGGCUGCGGGCCGAGGACAUAUUGAUGCAGUAGAUGUGCUCCUGCAAGAUGGAAAUGGCGUUGAUGUCAAUAAGACCGAUAAAUUCGGUUGCAAUGCUCUUUUCUGGGCCUGUAGAAAGGGCGAAGCUGGGGUCGUCAAGCGAUUGCUCAAAGCUGGAAUUGACAUCAAUGCUAUCGGUGCUCAUGGCCAGAGCGCGCUUAUUGUUGCGACUAGAAAUAUGCACGAAGAAGUCGUUGAGAUGCUGUUAAGUGCGAACUUGAAAGGAAGCGAUCCUGUCAAUGUCAGUCAUGUAGACUCGGAUAACAAUACUGCGCUCAACUUUGCUGCUGAUAAGGGCCUGACUGCCACGGUUCGUAUACUUUUGGAAGCUGGAGCAUCAAAGAACCAUCAAAAUAAGAAAAAACAAACUCCUCUCAUUCUCGCCGUAAAGAAAGGUCAUUUAGAAAUUGUCCGACUUUUGCUCAACCACGAUGUCAACGUCAAUUUACUCGACAAAGAAAAUCGAUCCGCGCUGUAUCUCGCUGUCAAAGAAUCGACAAUGGGAGGAAAGAAUCCGCAUAAAGAAAUAAUCAAGCUUCUUGUCAAGCGAAAGGACAUUUAUCUCGAAGCUUUCACCAAGAUCAACGACAACAAGAAGAUUAUAACUGAAACCGCUUUAUUGAAAGCUGUCCGGAAUCGAAACGCAUCAAUUGUCAAUAUUCUUCUCAAGGCUGGCGCUUCUGUCGAUGUCCGUGACCAAGACUGGAACAAUCCUCUUCAUCUUUCUAUUCGAUUUCGGGACAAGACUAUCACCGAAAUGCUCCUUCGAAAUCCCAAAAACUCCAACCUGGUUUACAAGAAGAACAAGGAAAAUGAAACUCCCCACGAGAUCGAUCUCGAAAACCCAGUUUCAAUCCUUACCAAAAUCUGGGGCGAGAAAAUGGUAACUUCAUCCACCAAGGGUCUCGCUGAUGAUAUGAGCCAGUACGAGCUGUACACAAACUCUCUUGCCGAUAUUCUGGCUGAGCCAGAGUUGAAACUUCCAAUCACUGUUGGUAUUUUUGCAAAGUGGGGAUCUGGAAAAGAUUUUCUCCUCCUCACUCUGGCGAAAGUCAUGGGCUCAUUUGUUGGUGAUGAAGGUGAUGUUCAUUACAAACCGCCAUUUUCCGUCCACGUAACUUUUUUGAUUAUUCUUGGCUGGCUCUGCACUCUCAUUACCGGCCUUGCUUAUCCGAACACGUCUAAUCUGGCCAUCAUCAUCCCUUGCAUCGGUGGGGCUAUCUUGCUUUUCUACGGAAUAAUAAUGGCUCUGGCAACUUAUGGAAAUGUCAAGUAUAUCGAAAAUGAUCGCAAGAAAAAGUGGCGCUUUUGCAAUAGCAUCGCAAAAGCUCUCACUAGAUUUGGAACUCGCUUGAAGCUAGUGAUGGCGAUGCUUUUCAAGACUGGUGUGCCUAAUCCGGAUGCUUCCAAAACUAAGCCUGUCAAAUUUCUGUUUGCGAAUCAAGCUAGACUCAACAUCGGUGCUUCUGAAAACUCCCUUGCAGAAGUUAUUGGAGCUUUGAGCAAAACAGCUGAAGAAGCGUAUGGAUUUCUCCCUGUCAGAAUUUACCGAGCAAUGAAGCCAAGAAAAGAGUCUGUCGAAACUCGAUCGUUUUGUUGUUUGCCUCUUCAGUCGAUUUUCAUCCUCUUCUGGUUGGACAUCUUCUGUUUAACCUGCUGUCUCGCUUUUGGAAAGGACAACUUUCCAACACCAGCUCAUUUCCAAACAGCAGCAAUUUUGACAGGAGUUGUCGGUGGAAUUCUUCUGGCCAUUCUCACUGCUCAUUACUGGCAAAUUAUCAAGCACAUGAUUGAGUCUCCCUAUUCUCGAGUUUUGAAAGAAGCAAACAAGAUUAAAGAAGGCGAGAAAUCAGGACGAGAACAGCUCAAGAGAGAAGUGGACUACCUAGCUGCGAUGGUCAAGGCAUUUGAUCAGUAUGGAAGUCAUCAAACUCGAAUGGUUAUCGUCGUCAAUGGCUUGGACAGUUACAAGCAAGACGAUGUCCUCAAGAUUUUGGAACUUGUCAACUCUCUUUUCACCCAAUCGCCUUACAUCGUCAUCUUCGCAGUUGAUGAUAACCUCAUUCGAAAAGCUGUCGACAAGGAUCGAAAAGACACCUGGGAGAUCAGCGGCCGAGACUACCUUCAAAAUAUGAUCCACCUUCCCUUCUACAUGCAUCAGCAAUCCAAUGACUUGACUCUCCGUCGUCGAAAGAUUCUCCCAAGCGACAGUGACUCUCACUUCGACAUGAUCAGUCUAAGACCCUUUGAUGAUAGACAUGGCUCUGUUGCUGGUUCUACCAAAUCUAUCUAUGCACCGCAAGAGAGUCGCGACUCGCUUUUCAGCCCACAAGAUGAUCAGGGUCUUAUUCGAAGACGUGGUCGUGAGGGACGACGUAACACCUUGUUUGAUGAAAAUGGAGUGAAACUUACAGACUCAACGCGAAAGUCACGAUUCGAAAAGAGCAAGAAUAACGAAGCAGAAAUGCUCCUUGAUGAAGAUUGGCUCAGUUCCAUCUCUCCCCAGAUAAUGAAGCGCAUUCUCAACUCAAAAUCUUUGACUGGACGACUUCUCCGUGCCAAUUUCAUCCCUGUUUCUUCCGAUCGACUCUCUCGUUGGAUAAAGUUGACUGAAUUGGCUCCUUACCGAACAUCCUGGAUCAUCUGGUAUAUCGAAGAGAACGAAGACCUCGACUUGCAUCUACCUCUAAAAUCAGUCUACCAAAAGAUUCUGCCGUCCAUUCCGAACUCAACUCAGGAGGACAAAGUCCUCGCGAUUGAUUCUGUCGACUCCCGAGACAUGGAAGUGCUACUUUCCGCCCGAGAUCCCAAGGACGCGUUGACUGUAAAAGACGUCGUCAUGUUCCUUCCCAACACUGUCAAUCUCGAUCCUAACCUACGAGAAUGGAUCGACGAUGUCUUCCACACUCGCCAGCUGAAGCUUCAGAGCCCAAACCAAAUGCCACCUUCCGGUUCAAACCUCCUUCUUCAGCCGCUGACGAAAGUUUCCGAAACAACUGAAAGCUCAUCCGAAACUCCGCAAAUUUCAGCCCACGGAAACUUGAGUAAUAUGAUGUCUCUAAGCAGCGUUCCGCCUGCCUCUCAAGUGUCUGUCUGCUUUGACAUGAACUCUGAAGAAGUCGCGAACUGGGUUUUGAGCAUUGAAAAUAUGACUGCCGGUGGAAAAGCGCGACUGGAAAAAUAUGUUCUUGAACAAAACAUUACAGGGAAUUUCCUAAUGAAAAUGCGAAACAAGCUCCAAGUCAUCAAGGCGGAUACUCAGCUAAACCUCGGCGAUUUCUUCCUGCUGGAAGAAGCGAUUGCAAACAUCAAACCGACAAAUCGUCAAAACACAACAACUACCAGCUCGACUGGUUUUACUCCUCGAUCAGAACGCCACGAGCCGCUAGGCGAAACGACGGAGAAAGGUUCCAAAGAGCGAAAGCUCUCUGUCAAUUUUGAUGUUCCACCGUAA